GCAUUUCGAAAGGGCGCGUCCAACGAUACCGUCUGCGUUGUGGGUAGGUCCUGGGCUCGGAGGCACCCACACCAUCGGAGAGUCUUGGCCGCGAUCUCCACACGCUCCUUUGUGAAGCGACGACCAGAUCCUUCGCCGCCUUCACGCCGACGGGUCACCAGCUCGGUUGGCACCAAGACAUUGAAACAACCACCAUGCCCAAGAGCCAGGUGA